UAGGCAUUGCGGUAAGAUGACACUAUCUCAGUCACCAGACCACAGGCGAUGGCGGCUCUAGGAAUAUUAUUAGGUCUGGCGACGCUGAGCACCCGCGCGUUCGGGGUGGCUCUGCCGUCGCGUGCAGAUGACGUCACGUUGUCCUUAGAGCCUCAGAUCACAGGCGGCUUCCAGCUCAGCCUUGAUAAAGACAAUGAGCGUACAGUAUACGGCCACAUCGGUCGCACGCUGGUCUCCACUUACACCGCGGAGGAGGUGGAGGGUGGCAUGGAGAUACACAUCGGAGGUGUCAACUUGACUGUACACACACUUUAUGAUGAUGCUUCUGAUGCUAGAGGCAUCAAGAUCAAGUGGAAUUCACUAACGCCGCUUCGACUGGAAGACUGCUUUGACUUUGGCACAAAACACUGGUACGGCGGCCCAAUGCAAGUAGAACAAGUCUACCCGAUAGAGAGUGCAAAGCAAGUGUACACGCCUUAUUUCUCUAAAGAGCAAGACAAUGGUGCCAUUGUCGAGAGAUACUGGCUCAACUCCGCCGGCGAGUACAUCUACGUUCAUCCACAAGUACCUCUCUUCGUUGACUAUAACAACAUCGCUCCCAAUCACAUCUGCUUCGGCGCACAAAUCUCUGAACCAUACUCCACUAGGAGAAACCAUAUAGAACUGAGUUACGAUCUCUGGUUCCUUCCUAACGUGAAAGAAGCCCACAAACACGCGAUAGAUAAUUAUUUAGGUAAACCAUCAGGAGUACCUGAUUAUAGGAUGGUCCAGCAUCCGAUUUGGUCUACUUGGGCGCAGUAUUCCAGAGACGUAGACCAGGAGAAAGUACUAGAGUUCGCUAAGCAGAUCAGAGGGUAUGGGUUCAGUGACUCUCAAUUAGAGAUCGACGAUCUGUGGGAGACGUGCUACGGGACGCUGGAGGUGGACGAGAGGAAGUUCCCGAACAUGACGGGUCUGGUGCGGGAACUGAAAGCGAUGGGAUUCCGCGUCACCAUUUGGAUGCAUCCCUUCAUCAAUAACAACUGCGAGCCGAUAUACACUGAGGCUUUGAACAACGGUUACCUGGUACUGGAUGAGACAGGCAAGCCAGCGACGUCUUGGUGGAACAACAACGGCUCAGUGCCCGGCUACAUCGACUUCACCAACCCCGCCGCCGCCGAGUGGUGGUACACCCGCGUCCGAAACUUGCUAGACACGUAUGACAUCGAUAGCGUCAAGUUUGAUGGAGGCGAGAGUAGCUUCACUCCACAAGUAGCUGUACAGACUGGUGAUAUUGACCUCCAGCCUCACAAUAUCGUAGAAGCAUAUGCCCGCCUUGCUGCGCGCUUCGGCGACAUGGUCGAGGUCAGAGCUGGCUUCAGAACGCAAGACCUGCCGAUAUAUGUUAGAAUGGUAGACCGAGAUUCCAUCUGGGGUUUGAACAACGGUCUAUCGACCAUCGUGACGACAGCUAUCCAGAUGAACCUGGCAGGGUACCAGCUAGUCCUGCCCGAUAUGAUCGGUGGUAACGGGUACAACCUGGACCACGAGCAGGCGGAUAUUCCUACCAAGGAGUUGUUCAUCCGCUGGGUUCAGGCAACCACCUUCCUACCUGUCAUGCAGUACUCCUACGUGCCGUGGAACUUCGAUAAUGAGACGGUGGAAAUAAGCAAGAAGUACACGGACUUGCACGCGGAGUACGCGGAUGAGAUCUACGGCGCGAUGCAGGUGGCGGUAGAGUCAGGUCGACCAGUGAACGCGCCGCUCUGGUGGAUAGACCCUGCUGAUGAAGAUGCACUAAACAUCUGGGACGAAUACCUAUUAGGUGAGAAUAUUCUGGUUGCCCCCGUGUUGGAUGAGGGCGCGACCUCCCGCGACGUGUACCUCCCCGCGGGUGUGUGGUGGGAGGAGGGAGACAGGGAACGAGAGGUGGUAGGCCCUACUUGGAUCAAGGAUUUCCCAGCUCCUUUAGAUGUGUUGCCAUACUUCGUGCGUGCUAGAGAAAUCGAACCAUCAUCCGCAGUGUCACCCGGGGUUGCCAUGUUUGCGGUAGUGUUUGCUAUUGUUGCUAACUUUUUAUUAUAAAUCUUUUUAAAAUGGUAAUGUAAGGUAAUAAAGUUAUAUUUAACUGUUAUUCAUGCAAUUCUAUUUUGUUAACUUCAACUGAUUAUUUGACCUUAUUAUUUUUUUCUGAUUAUAAUUUACCAAAGGCUCGUAAAUAAAACAUUGUUCAGUUA